AUGGCGACUGGCUGGAGAAAAGAGAAGAGGAAUCGUGACUUCAGCAAAAUCGUCGCACCCAUGGGAACACAUCCAUUUAAAUGGAACAAAUUUGUUCCCUUCGUGCUGGAGCAUGCUAAAGAAUACCAGCGACUGCUGGCAGAAUUUAGCAAUUCUGAUUUGAGCAGCAUAUCUGAUGAUGAUGACUGGCCUUCAUCCCCAGUCCGGCGGAGAGAACUCUUUCCCGAGCUGUGUGCCAACACUGAGAGUACAGCAUCUGAUUCUGAUGAAGAGAACAACGGAAAUGCUAGAAGGCCCCCCGAAGUUACAAGUAGCACUGAGGUUACAAGAAGCACUGCAGCUGCACAGACUGGACCCAGGAGAAAUCUCAAUACUAAUGAAUGUCAUCUUUUCAGGAAAAAUAUAAACUUCAAUCACAGAUUUACUGUAGAUGUUGAUAAUCAUUCUCAGGGAACUAAUUCUCAAUCCACAGUUCUCUCCCCUGUAGAUUAUUUCAUGGCUUACCUCUCAGCUGAAAUUUUAGAUGCCUUGACUCUAGAAACACAGAAAAAAUACAUGUCCAAGCAAGGAAAGCCAUUAUCUCUAACAGUAGUUCAUCAAAUGAAAAAGUUUAUAGGAAUAAACUUCCUUAUGUCAGUAUUAAGAUUCCCUAGAAUUAAAAUGUACUGGCAAAAGAAGACAAGGAUUUCUUGUAUAGCUGAUGCCAUGGGUCGUGACAUGUUUUCAGUAAUCAGAGCUUCUCUGAAAGUCUUUGAUGAGAGUCUGUUGAAUGCAGCACAGAGGAAAUCAGACAAAUUUCAUAAAAUAAGACCACUCAUAGAUUGUGUUCGUUCACGCUGUUUGGAGUUAGACAGACCUCAGAAUGUCUCAGUUGAUGAAAUGAUCAUUCCGUUUACAGGCAGAACAAACCUUAAGCAAUUUACACCUCGGAAACCAAACCCACAUGGACUAAAGAUCUUUGUUUUGGCUAGCAGUGAUGGCCAAGUCCUAGAGUUUGAGUUCUUCCAGGGUAAGGAAGACUUACUUUUGAGUGUGCAAAGAACUGGACUUCAUCUCCCAGAGUGGGAUACCCUUAAGAUAGGAGAAGCUGCAGUCCUAAGAUUUGUAAAGUCAGUCAAUAGAGGGACUAGUUUCUUCUUUGAUAGGUUCUUUACUACACCUAAGCUCUUAGAAAUUCUCUCGUCACUAGGAAUGGGAGCUACAGGGACAAUGAAGAAGAACCUUGUGCCAAGACAGUGUCGCCUGAAGACUGAGAAUCAGUUAAAGAGAUCUGGCAGAGGUUCCUCUGACUGUGCAGUGAGAGAUGAUUCUGCUUUUUGUAUAACAGUAUGGUUUGACAAAAAACCUAUCAUCCUAGCAUCUAAUGAACAUAGUAUUCAGCCAGUAUCUACUUGUCAGAGGUGGUGUAAAAAAGAAAAACGCCACUUAGAGGUGCAACGUCCUAGGGUAGUUGAACUAUACAACUCAAAGAUGGGAGGCGUUGAUAUUAUUGACCAGGUCAUUAGCUAUUACAGAAGUGCAACACGCUCUGCAAAAUUCACUGUUCGGGCAAUGUUGCAUCUUUUGGACCUCUCUUGUGCAAAUGCAUGGUUAGAGUACAGAAAAGAUUGUGAAAAAACAAUUCUGUAG